AGAUCCAUCAGACCGACCUCUCCAGAGUUUUUCCUCUCUCCAGAACUCCUGUGCGUCCACCCUGCCGCCGCUUCAGGCACAACUUCCCCAAUCCCGCCGUUACGAGAAAUGGGAAGGCGCCGCCGGUUCACGCAGCAGUCCACCAGCGACGACGACGACGACAAAGCAGCUGCCGAGCCGCCCAAAACUGCCAAGCCCGCAGUCCCCUCCUCCUCGGGUGCCAAGAAGCAGCCGCGUCGCCAUGCCGACGAGGAGGAGGAUGAGGAUGAGGAGGACGAGCUUGAACUUGAGGAUGAGGAGGACGAUGAGAAGGACCUGGAGGAGAUGCGGAGGAACGAGGAGGAGGAGAGGCGGGAGGAGACGCGGACCCGCCGACGCCGCGGCCGCAAGCCCAAGCGCGCCGUCGAGGAGAGCGACGAGGAGCCGGAGGAGAAGAAAGCGGAAUCGGACGAGGAGGAAGAGGAGGAGGUGCGCGAGGAGGAUAGCACAGAGGCGGUGCCCGUCGGGGAUCCCGUAAAGGUCACCGGCAAGGGGAAGAAGCAGCGGAAGCAUUACGCCUCCUUCGAGUACGAGGGCAACACCUUCGAACUCGAGGAUCCGGUUCUGCUCACGCCUGAGCAGAAGAACGAGAAGCCCUAUGUCGCCAUCAUCAAGGAUAUAACCGAAUAUGAUGGGAGCUUAUCAGUAACUGGUCAAUGGUUUUAUAGGCCAGAAGAGGCUGACAAAAAGGGUGGCGGGAACUGGACAGCAAGUGAUACAAGAGAGCUGUUUUAUAGUUUUCAUAUUGAUGAUGUCCCAGCAGAGUCAGUCAUGCACAAAUGUGUGGUCCAUUUUAUUCCUCUGAACAAGAAGAUUCCAAGUCGAAAGGAACACCCUGGGUUUAUUGUGCAAAAGGUGUAUGACACAGUUGCAAAGAAGCUGUGGAACUUAACAGAUAAGGAUUAUGAGGAUAACAAACAACAUGAGAUUGAUCUCCUUGUGAAGAAAACAAUGGACCGUAUCGGGGAGCUUCCUGACCGUGAACCGACAGAUACACCAGGCGACAAUACUGAUCAGUUCCCAAAUAAACGAGGCCUACGGAAGAGACCUAUGAACCCUAUAGAUGUCUCAAGAGACGCAACAGGCAAAUCUGAGCAUUUCGUGAAACCAGAGACACCUGGGAGUGAUAAUCUAAAGCAUUACGCCAUCCUGGCCAAAUUCAAAGUACUUACUACAGCCACUUAUCGUGAUAAGUGGCUUGACAAAUUAUUAGACACUAUUCCAUUAACAUCAAAUGAAGGUGCUGGGGCUGCACAUGCCGAUCCUGUUAGUGUGGCCAAAAUCUCAAAUAAUGGUUCAUCUGCACUGGAUACUAGUUCCGUUGAUAAUGAAAAUUCUUAUGCACCAGAUGUGGUUGUUUCGAUAAUGGCCUCCUUAGAGAAGUCUACAUAUGAUUCUCUUGGUUCUGACUUCCAGAAGUAUAAUCAGAAAAUGAGAAAAUUAGAAUUCAACAUCAAGAAUAGCCCUGUACUGCGCACGCGACUGAUGAACAAGGAGCUUGACCCUCCAGUUCUUUUGACAAUGUCUCCUGCUGAACUAAAGGCUGGGUUGACACCGGCAGAGAAAACAUCUGAACCAGAAGAAUCAAGGAGGUUGCAGAUGACUGACGCGCGAUGUGAACGGUGCACAGAAAAGAAAGUAGGCAUUUCUGAUAUUAUUCAUGCUGGUCAUGGAGAUCGCUAUCAGCUCGAAUGUAUUUCCUGUGGCCACACAUGGUUUUCGUCAAGAGAUGCCAUCUCAUCGCUGACAGUCGAUGCUCCAAGUACUGGUGGGAAUGUGGGUACCGCCCCAUGGGCGACAGCAAAGUUUGAUGUCCUUCAGAAGCAGCUAGCGAGCCCUCGGGAUCAGCCAGACAACAAGCCAGGUACCGAUGCUCUUCAAAAGAGCACGGCGCCAUCCAUGCCUAAACUUGAGAAACAGAAAUCAUUCACCAAGCCGAAGCCAGAGGAGCCAUCUGCGCCUACACUGGAGAAACAAAUUUCAUUCACCAAGUCGAAGCUGGAUGAACCAUUUGUGCCUACUACACUGAUCAAGCAGAAAUCGUUCCCCAAGCCAAAGUCUCAAGAGCCCUCUGCACGUUCAGCUGAUCAUGAGUAAGAUCAUAUGCGUUAUGAUGUUCCAGAGGAUGCACACCUACAGAUCUUAACAUGUCAACCUCCAGAGGAUGCACACCUACAGCUCUUAACAUGUCAACCUCUUCCAACCGGAUACUCAUGGCGUGACUGACUCAAAGCAGGGAAGCUUUGCGUUGGUAAUUUUAACAGCCAAUCCUGAUAUUAGAUUGGUGUUUUAGCCUCUAGCACUGCACUGAUAUUUCAUCGUUGUGCAUGUAGUCGUUCCUCGGGAAUAAAUGGGCAUUGUUUGUCUCAUUAGAAUACCUUCGAUAAGGCAUUUAUUGGCUUGUUACUAGAACAAGAACUGACGGUGCGGUGGACUUUUUUUCCUCUGCUUAAAAUACCUGCAAACAAAGGACUGCUACGGCGUGACCGGUCGCUCCGGGCGCGCGUAGGGUUGUACGCGUACACAAACAAAAACAAGAGCAAAGAGCAUGUUAUCUAGAUUUUGCAUGCUAGCUUUGCAAAAAUAAAUUUCAAAAUGUUGUAACUCUUAAA